AUGUCAAAAAACGCUCAGGUUGACGAUCUUGCCCAUGGGCUUGCAGGUGCCGGAGGGGGAAUUCUCUCAAUGAUUAUCACUUAUCCCCUUCUGACCCUAUCAACCCAUGCCCAAUCUUCAAAAACCCAGAAACCACUAGAUGGCUCUGUAGAUGAGAAGGAAUUGGAGCCCAAGAAGUCUUCAACUUACGGUACUCUAAAACGGAUUUUGAAAAAGCAGGGAGUUCGGGGUCUCUACAACGGGCUGGAAAGUGCUAUCCUUGGGAUAGCAGUCAACAACUUCAUUUAUUACUACUUCUAUGAGCUAACUGGAAACACUUUGGAAGGCUUGUCCCGUGGUAGAAAGAGAGGUUCCAGAGUUGGUGGUCUCUCUGCAUUCCAAAGUAUUGUUGCUGGAGCUAUUGCUGGUGUGAUUUCCCGUAUUGCCACAAAUCCUAUCUGGGUAGCAAAUACCAGAAUGACUGUUCUUUCCAGAGAACAGAGAGAUCUGAAGAGGGUAAACACAUUGCAGGCAAUUUUGUACAUCUUCAAGACUGAGGGAUUCAAAACGCUGUUCAGUGGCCUCAUUCCGGCAUUGUUUUUGGUCCUGAACCCGAUCAUUCAUUACACGAUUUUUGAGCAACUGAAAACACUACUGGUAAAGACAAGAAAGAGAGCGUUGACUCCCUUGGAUGCUUUACUGUUGGGUGCUUUUGGAAAACUUAUUUCAACGGUGAUCACCUACCCCUACGUCACCCUGAGAACUAGAAUGCAUUUGCAAAACGCUGAGAAUGCUAGGAAUUCUUCCGGUGAGAGCUCAGUCAGCAAUUCCGCUGUUCUUUCGGCCACGUCAGACGAAGACUUGGGCAAAGAGGGCGACAACGAGAAAAAGAUUGCCCAGGAACAACCUACCAACACUAUUUGGGGCCUUUCCACGAAAAUGUUAAAAGAAGAAGGAAUAUCAAGUUUCUACAGUGGAAUGUCUGUCAAGUUAUCGCAGUCAAUCUUGUCAGCUGCCUUUUUGUUCUUUUUCAAAGAAGAGUUGGUAUCAGCCAGUGAUGUGGCAAUUAAGGCGGUGAAAAAGGUCGACUACAAGUCUUUCUUGAAUAACCCCGCUCAAGUAGUGCCUGAUUUGAACCCUGCACCAUCUCCCAAUGCUGACGGCUCUCCAGUGGAUAUUUAG